AAAUUUUUUUAUUUUCUCGAAUCACAUGUAGAAAAAAACACAAAUUCGAAGUAAUAAUAGAGAUAUUAUGGUUUUUGUAAAAUGUGACACCUAAAAAUAUAAUUUACAGGAUAACGAAAGAAGAUGUGAUAAUUGUUCCGCUAUCAUUUUGCUCGGAUUCUUUUUGGCGACGGACUGAAAAUCGAAGCUACAAAAAUCCGAACCGCACAUUUCAACUCUUCAGCUCAUAAUCUGCCAAAACAUGGCAGAUAAACCCGUGAGAGUGUAAGUUUAUAAUUACCAUAAUAUAAUUUUUGAUAUCUUUACGUUUCAUAUGUCUAAAUGAACCAAUAUUUCCAACAUUAUGAGUAAUGUUAACGUGUUGACUUAAAAAUAUGUGAGAAGGUGUUUGAGUUUUUGUCUGAAUGCAAAACGAGAUGCUUUAAUAAUUGUCCGAACAAACAAAGUACUACUCAAAGGAUGUUUUUUAUGAACGGUUGAUAAAAUGGGUUAAUUUCAUUCAUCAAAGUCGAAUUGAACUCGAAACUCCCGACUAACCGAAGUCAUAUUCGAUAAGUUGAGUGUAAAUUGAUCAUCUGAUAUUAGGUUGUGCCUUUGAGUGAGUGGGAUUAAUGCCGUCAAGUGUGUGUUCCUGUUACAAAGGCUCAGAUUAAAGUGUAUUUAUCUGCAGGUUGGCAUGUGGGGACGUUGAAGGCCGACUGACUGCUUUAUUCAAUCGAGUCCAGACCAUCCAGAAGAAGACCGGACAGUUUGAUGUAAGCUCCUCAUUCUCUCUGUCAGUGUCCAGAGAUGCUCCGACUUUUAUUUAACUGGAAACAUUAUGACAAUGUGGAUCAUUUGCGUACUCUUGUUUCUUUGCAGCUGUUAUUAUGUGUUGGAGAGUUUUUCGGGACGACGGCAGAGGCUGAGGCGGAGUGGCAGCAGUACAAAAGUGGAGCUAAGAAAGGUACAGUAUCUCACAGUUUUCAGAAACCUUUUUGAAAAAGUCAGUUUACCUUUAAAAAUAAAAUUAUAAACAGUAGUCAUGCAAACUUACUGCUAUUUUUGUCAGGUAGCUUGCUUGUAAUGCAGUCCAUUUUUCCCUCCAAGCUCCCAUCCACACUUACAUCCUUGGAGCAGCGAGCCAAGAGGCGGUGAAGAAUUUCUCCAGCGCUGAUGGCUGCGAGCUGGCUGAAAACAUCACAUAUCUGGGUGAGACUGAGAGACACUAAGAGGACAUUAAGACUCUGAUUCUGAAUGAUAAAAUGUGGAUGCAAUCUGUCGAUCUGUGUCCAUUCUAGGUCGGCGUGGAGUUUUCACAGGAGUCUCAGGGUUACAGAUCGCAUACGUCAGCGGUCGUGAGGCCCUGCAGGAACCGGCCCCAGCUCACUGCUUUACACACAAAGACCUCACGGCCCUUGUGGCCCCGCUGACCAGCAACUCCAAAUUCAGGGGGGUUGACAUCCUGCUAACGUCACAGUGGCCUCGAGGAGUGUGGCACUAUGGAAACACGCCAGUAAGAAGACGCUUAUAUCCACAAGUCUUUCUCAACUUCAGGGGACUUUGAACCUCAUGUGUUGCUUUCUUGUCUCUCUUUCGCAGGAAGUUAACACAAAGUCAUGUGGAAGUAGCGCCGUCGCGAACAUCGCCGACAAACUGAAGCCACGAUACCACUUUGCUGCACUAGAGGGCGCGCACUAUGAAAGACUCCCAUACAGGUUCGCUUAAAGCUACAGAGCGAAAAACUGAAUCUUUCAUUUGAAGGCAUCUUUAGUACAGCAUGAUGUUCAUUUACUUAAUUAUGGUCCCAUUUGAUAAUAUAAGGUUCCGUGAUGGAGACUUUAAGUUCGAGAUAUGUAUAUAUAUAUAUAUUUAUAUAUAUAUAUAUAUAUAUAUAUAUACACACACACACACAUACAUAUAUAUUUCCCUGCUCUUAUUAUUAUCUCUGAACUUUUAUUCUGCUCUGGAUUUUGGAGAUAAAGUCUGCUGCACUUGUGAAAAAAAGUUUAUAGACAAGCGUAUAGAAUAAAGUUACUUUUGUGUUUUACAUUAAAUGGAUACUUUUUACACAGUUGGGUACUAUAACUGUAGUAAAACAUUUUAAAACUCCUCCAACACCUCUAACUGGUUUCACAGUGACUCCUCCCAUUUUAAACUGUUGGUUUCUCAUAACUGUGUUUCUAUUUCCAUCCUCAGGAAUCACAUUGUCCUCCAAGAAAAUGCUCAACACGUCAGUCGCUUCAUCGCUCUGGCAACUGUUAACAACCCUGCCAAGAAGAAGGUGCGUCUGUGUUUGAGCGUUUCUUAGAGUCAUGACUUAAUCAAAUGUAAACUCUCAUACUCAUUGACUGAGUUUGCUGAACAUUUGUGCAUUUUUAAGAUUUAUUCUGCAUCAAAGUAGUCCAGCUGAGGUUUUCUGUAAAUGUAAUGAUAUUCUGUAAACAGGAGCUCCAUAUAGCUAGAUAAGAGACAAAAGCUUUAAGACAGCAGGGUUUAAUUUGUAGCAUGUUUAGUAAAAUCACAAGUCAAAGCUUUUUGAGGCCUGUAGUUUCAGAACAUCUGGCUUUAAGUGCCGAAAGUCAACAGAUGCAACUCAAACUGAAUCCUCUCUUUGUUUCUAUGUGGUUCUUUUAUUUUUGGAUGCAGUAUUUGUACGCCUUCAAUAUCAUCCCCAUGAAGACGAUGGAUCCAUUAGAGCUGGUAAAGCAGCCGCAGGACGUGACAGAAAACCCCUACAGACACCCCGCGAAGGACAAGACAGAAAAACAGAAGACGAGCUUCAACUUGGCAGAGGAUGAGGUACAGCUUACCCCCCCAGGAAUGAGCAUCCUCUAAAGUGAGCAUUGAGACAAAUCCUUACUGACCUUUCUGCUGUCUGCUCAGGAGCCGGCUGCUCAGUUCUUCUUCGACCUGAGUAGGCAACAGGGUGGGGGUCAUCGGGGUCGGGGCCGGAAGAGACAUUCAGAUGGAGGACGAGAGCAUCAAGGCGAAGGAGACGGACGACAUCAUCAUCAGGGUCCCAAAGAGCCACGCAGACACCGUGAGUCCAAGAGGGGUCUAAAAUAGAUAGAUAGAUAGAUAGCAUAAUACAUCAAAAAGUCAUGAUGGAUGGAUAUGUUGUCUUUGUUUGUGUGCAGCUCAGCCCACUGGUCCCUGCUGGUUCUGUCUGGCCAGUCCUCAGGUGGAGAAACAUCUGGUCAUCAGUAUAGGAUCACAUGUAAGAGAACACUGAUUGACACCAACAGUAAUGAGGACAGAAAUAUCAAACUUUCAGUCUGGAUUUACCGGUCUGACGUGCGUUUCAGUGCUACCUUGCGAUGGCUAAAGGCGGCCUGACCCCUCAGCACAUGCUCAUCCUGCCCAUCGGUCAUUACCAGUCUGUGGUGGAUCUGAGCUCCGAGGUGGUGGAGGAGAUGGAGAAGUACAAGAAGGCGCUGAGGAGCUUCUACAAGAGCCGAGGAGAGCGCUGCGUGCUGUUUGAGAGGAACUACAGGAGCCAACACCUGCAGCUACAGGUGACAAGCACAGAAUAAUGUUCAGUCUUCUAAAGAGGAGUUUCUGUCCGGCCAUCAUCAUUACAGAUUUGUCAUGGUAUUUCAGGUGGUCCCGGUGCCAUUGGACCGCUGCGCUACAGAGGACAUCAAGGAGGCGUUCAUGGUCCAGGCGCAGGAGCAGCAGAUGGAGCUGAUGGAGAUUCCUGAGCACACUGACCUCAAACAGGUACGAGUAUCCGAGAACAACAUGCGCACAGAGCACCGAUGUUUGUGAUUCUUAAUCUUUGAAACCUGUUUGUGUGUGAACAGAUUGCUCCUCCAGGGACACCGUACUUCUACGUGGAGCUGGACUCAGGAGAGAAACUCUACUAUCGUAUCCAGAAGCAUUUUCCUCUGCAGUUUGGAAGGUAAAUGUGGCUGUUAAUGGUCAGUAACAGACACGGACGUUCAGCAAAACAGACAAAACAGUGGUUGCUUUAUGAUGUGGUGAGGUUGCUGGGUUUUUUUACUGCAUGUGUGUCACAUUUAACAGAGAUAGUAAGAGUGCAAAAUAUCACCUCAGUGCCUUUUUCUUCAUUGGGAUUGGAACCAUACGUUUACGUUGCCAAAGUAGGUACAAACAACAAGAAAUAUACAAAAAACAUGAGUUAUAUUUUCAAAUAUAUCCAUAUACAGAAGAUAAAAAUACAUUUACAUAAAAAAUGACAGAUUCUUAAAGAUAAAAAAUAUAAACAUUUUUGUUUCUUUAUUCCCCUGGUUGCUAGUUUACAUAAGACACUCUGAACAAAGAUAACAAGUACAUGUGAUGUCUCACUCUUCAACAAUGUGUACAAACACACACAACAUGAAAAAACGACUUAGUCAUCAACAUUGAAAUUUGACUGCAAUUGCUCUAUUCAGCUUUGUCAUCAUUUUUGUGACUGUAGUGGUGAAUUAUUGCAUCCUUGGUCUGUAUAUUCAUGAGUACACAGCAAAAACUGCUUAUGCUUACUUUAAAUGCAGCCAUUAGUCAGAUUUGAUGUCCUGUAAUCAAGUAAACUGGGCUGUAAUGGGAUCCUACCUGAGGCCGAUCCUGCUGUGAUAUAUUAGAUGAGCUUUCUAAGGUAUAAUUUGUUCAGUAGUCGUUUCCCCAAGCUGCACAAACUUCAAACUUAACGAGCCCUGAGAUCCACUUUAAAAUUACAAAGUUGCUCCAGACUUAACUUAUGAUCAGCAGGGCGAGUGAACUGAUAAACAGGAGCUGUAAUAAAGACCCACAAACACUCUCCUGAUGAGAUUAAAAUUAAAGGGCCAUGUAGCAGGUCAUUUUGAAAACAUCCAGUCGGCUUUAUGCUUUCAUUAAUAUAUGUGUGCGUGUGUGUGUGUGUGUGUGCGUGCGCGUGCAGGGAGGUUCUGGCCAGCGAGGCAGUGCUGAACAUCCCGACCCGAGCCGACUGGAGGGAGUGUAAACAGAGCAGAGAGGAGGAGGAGGAGAGCUGCAAACAGCUGAGAGACGAGUUCCAGCCGUACGACUUUGCCUGGGAGGACUAACACACACACACAUGCACACACACAUACAUGCACACACACAGGCAGGAUGUCAGCUUUUAUUUCUGCCCCUUUUUUUCAGCCUGGUGACUCUAUCCAAAGCUCACAAAAUCCACCACAGUCAGUGUCUUUGACUGGCUAACCUUCAGUGAUAAUGAUUAUUUUUGUUAAAUCUUACCUCACAAAAACCAGCAAAAACUGCAGGACUGUUCCAGAAGAGUCUGACCUGUUAUACCAGCAAUUUUUUAAAGAGAUGCAUUUCAUGUGAAUCAGCAAGGCAGGUUUUUUCUUUAGACGUGUGUCCUUUUUUUCUUCUCUCUGUUGUCAGCUCAACUAACAAACAGGCUUUCAGCUCCAGUCAAGGACUACACAUCAAACUUCCAGCAAGAAAGCAAAUAAAUUCCAGCCGUUUUAUUUUGUUCUUUAUUUUUCGAGUAUAUUGCUGCUAUGGUGACCCUGAAGGUAAAAAAACAGAUAUUUCACAAAGGCAAAAAAAAAAAUAAAAAAUAAAAUAUUUCCUAAAUUUUUUUUAAUUAAAUGUUUCAUUAAAAAAACACAGUACUUUAAAAUAAAAAAUGAAAAAAACUAAAAAAAAAAAAAAACUAUCCAUCCACCUGUCCACAGCUUGUCCUGUUGGGGGGUUACGGGGGGCUGGAGCCCAUCUCAGCAUCUUUGGGUGAAGGCAAGGGACACCCUGGAGAUGUCCCCUGUUCAUCGCAGGGCUGACAUAUAGGGAUGAACAACCAUCCACACUUACAUUUACACCAAAAAAAUUCCAGAAAUCUGGAAAUAUUUUGGAAAACACAAAAUGUCUCAACGUAAAAAACUAUAUAUUUUCAUUUUUUGAAAAAAUACGUCUUCUAAAUUAUAUUCUGUGUCCCUGUGACGCAUUUUUGUGUUUAGUGAAAUGCUUUUUUAUACUUCAUGAAUACAUUUUAUGGCCUUCCUGAAAUAUUUGUGUCAUCAACCUUCAGGGCCACCAUAGCUUCUUGCAGGUUUUUUUUUAAUAAAGGGAGCUUUGAGACUGUAAAAAAAAAAAUGAAAUGCUGAAAAUAUCAGAUUGCCUUUUUACAAAUGUGUCUAAUUUCCCCCCUUUUCUUCAUCUAAUCUACGAUAACAUUCACAAAUUUAAUCAGAUUCUGUAAGUUGUUGUUUACAAACAACCAUGAGUUUCAAUAUUUAAAAAAAUUGAGGGAAAAAAAUUAGUUUGUAUUGAUUUAAAAAUAUAUUUGUGCUGCUGUUUGUUCAGCAGACUGUAUACAUAAGACUUUUGACAAAUGAAAAAUAAUGUAAAGAGAAGUUAGCAGUACUUUUUCUAUUUCUUAAUGGCUCUGGGGGGAAGUAGUUUUCAAAUGUGUGUAUUGUAUUUUGUAAAUGAACUACAAUUAAACUGUCUUUACGUAA